UGAAUUACGGCAAAAAUUAACUGUUUAUAUAUUUGCUGUAUUCAAUCAAGGAAGAGCUUCGAAGACUUUCUCGAGUUUGGACUCUGAUCUCCAUGGCGUACGUUGAGCGAGGUGUUGUGAAAUCCAAGCGAUCCAUUUGGCGACUCAAGACGAUAACCGACUUCUUUUGGGCCAUUGUCAACCUCAUAGGCGUGUUUUUUGCUACAAUGUUCUCGAUGGAAAAGUCGGAUGCUUACAGAAAAGGAUUAGCUUCUGGAAAGAAAUGGGAUGGUGGUGGCCCCGGAGGCCCUGGAGGGGGACCAUAUGGUGGUCGUCCACGUGGGCCACCUCGUGGACUAGACAAUGUUCGCGGAAUUGACCAUAGUUCUCUACCUGCCUGUGGUUCCUGCUGCGGUUAAAGGGGGAAAGAGCAUAUUGUGUAUCUGUCAUUGUGCGUCCGAAUGGUUGGUUUCAAGUUUAUGAGUGGUUAUUUAGUACGUUUAAUGCACAUAGAUCAUAUAGUGGGCAUGAACAGGGAAGAGAAAAACUAUUAUAUGCAAUAAUCGACUGCAUUUGCCAUCUUCUGAUGCUUCUUCUUUAGUACUCAUCUGGCUGUUUAUUUUUCAUUUUUUCCAAUUUAAUGUGGCUGUGAUAAAUGCUGUAAGAGAGCCAUGAUGAUAUAAUUUCAAGCAUGUGAAUCUUUUAGAUUUUAUUGUUGUGUUCCGAGUCAUGUAAUCCCGUGACCUUUUGGGUUCUCAUGACCGAUGAUCAUAUUUAACUUAACCCCAUGGUUAAAGUUAACGAA